CCCCGGGUUUUAUUUAGGGUUUUUCGGCCAUGGCGCUCCGGGGCGGGAGCUUCUUCGCCGAUAAGCAGCCCUCCUUCUCUUGCGAUGGGAGAUUUCUUCUCGUGUGCACUGGAUGCACGGUCUCCGUCCUCAGCGUCGCGACUGGACUCCGGGUCGCGGAGCUGCAAGGCCACACCGAUAGAGUGACGAGCAUUGUCGUGGUUAAAGGCCUGGAAGAGGCCAAGUCCGUGCUCACACACGCUUGGACUUCGUCAUGGGACAAAACCAUUCGGCUCUGGAACUUCACGACAGCGACACAGAUCACAGUGAUCGACGUUGGCUACAAAGUAGUGUCUAUGGUGAUCCCAGGAGCAUCAUCUACGCUUUCUGAUGACAAGGGUGUUGCGUUCUUGUCCGUUGCGUGGGACAAAGAAGUGAUAACUUCGAAUGUCCAAGCUGAACAAGAACAAGAGUCAGAGUCAGAUGAAGAAGAGUCUGAGUCAGAUGAUAAAGAAGAAUCGGGAGGAGAAGAAAAGAUGGGAGGCGAAGCAGAAACCAAGAUCCCAGACACAACAGUCAUUCGCAAGACAGAAUUUCGAGGCUACACUGGUCGAGUCUUACUACUUCAUAUAGCUUCGCAGAAAACGGUGGAGGGGCACUUGGCAAAGACGAGUCUUCCGCGGGUACUGGUGGCAAGCCGCAAGGGGAGCUUCGUUGGAAUGGCUGAUUCAGCGAAAGUCUGGGUAUGGAAAGUGCCUGCUCCCAGUGUUGGCUAUUGUUCGGAAGUUCAAGCGACGGUAUUGCAUCCAUGGCAACCUUUAACAGUUAUGGCUUUCGAUCCUACCGAAACCUUGGUAGCGGCUGCUGACCGGCGGGGACUGAUAACAGUUUGGAAAAACGUAGGAGAACGAACGUUUUAUUCGAGCGACUAUCGUCGAGGAAAGUCGGACAGUGGACGGGCAGACGCUAACGAUGAUGCCGAGUCGAGGACAACAUACCAUUGGCAUCAUAAAGAAGUGGCAUGUUUGAGCUUUACCGCCGAUGGCUCAUAUUUGCUAUCAGGGGGACGGGAAGCGGUUUUUGUCAUGUGGCACCUUGAGACUGGGAACCAACGGUUUCUUCCGCGCUUAGGAACUCCAUUCAGAUACAUCACUAGCGCUCCUGAUCCAUCGGUGUUUGUGCUUUCCAUGGCAGACAAUUCAUUGAGAUUUCUAAACAUUGGCAGCAUGAGAAUGGAUCGCGUUAUCUUCGGGAUUAAGCCUUAUGUUACUUGUCCAGAUACUCUUGAAUGGUUAAAUGUCACCAAAGUGGCUCUUCAUCAUGUCCAUGGGACCGUAGCUGUGCCUACAGCAAAUCUCAUAGUCCAAUUUUACGAUGUCCUCCUCGACAAGCACGCAAAUCAGAUUCAAGUGUCACCAAGAAAUUUCGUAUCCUUCGAUCACUCGAGGGGUGAUUUUGGACAAUCGACGGUGGUUACACACGUUGCAUUUUCAGUGGAUGCCUCAGUGAUGGUCACGGUUGACCUCAGAGUUGCAGAAGCCGGUGUCGGCGGAGGUUCUUUUCUAAAAUUUUGGACAAAAAGUUCUGAGCACAUCCCCUAUACUCUACACACUAGCGUUGAUAGUCCCCAUGGUGGGGAAGUGUUGGCUUUAGCAUAUCAUCCCUCGAAGAACAUUGCUGUUACGUGCUCCCGAGCCAAUGAUUUCAAGUUAUGGGUUCAAACGAAAAACGAGAGCAAGGACACCCACAACUGGCGAUGCAGCGCAACUGGCUCCUACAAGCAGAAACGCAUGCAUGCAGCAGCCUUUUCGCACGAUGGAACUCUACUUGCGGUAGCUGCUGAGGAACUCAUCACUUUGUGGAAUCCUCUAUCCAACACUCUUGUCUGUGUAUUGAGUAUUCCAGGUGCAUUCCAUGAGGUUGUGGGAAUGUUAUCCUUUGUUCCGAAAUGCCCGUACCUCAUUUCUGCAUCAUUCGGCAAGCAACCUCAGCUAACUGUGUGGAAUUUGUCUACUCUUUCCGUAUGGUGGUCUUACCAAGUCGAGGUCGAAGGCAUCACUGUGGAUCCAAACGGCGGACACUUCGCAGUCCUCGCUUCGAGCCACACAAAACGGUAUCAUAAAGGAGGUGCUGAAGUUAAACGCAAUGGAACCGCUCAAGUGUGCCUAUUUAAGCCAGAAAGUCCGCUUCCAACCUCAGUCUGGAACUUUAAAGAUGGCAUUGGUGGUGCUCUCCUGUUCCUCCCUCCAACGGAGGAAGUGAACAAGGCCAUCAACGCAAGCUCUUCCGAAUCCAAGCUACUUAUCCUCAACAAACACCGGGAGUACGUUAUAUUCGAUCCAUACUCGGAGUCCAACCCAAAGCCUGCUUCCAAAAUCGCGGCCAAUGCCGCAAUCGAAGAUGCUCUCGACACAUUUAACGCUAUGUAUCUCACCACAAACACGUCCAAACCAAUCGCCCAACACGAUCAACUUAGCAAAAUCACGUCAACACAGCCUUGGGGAGAUCUCCUCAACGCGCCCUCUCACGUCCUACCAUCGCUCACCGACAUCGGCCAACAAAUCUUGGAGAGUUUCCUGCAAAAGAAGGCACAGUGAAGAACACAAAGAACACGAAGAACACUCGGGACUUUUGUUUCGACAAAAGGAAACAUCUCCUUUUUCUCUUAUUCAAUAGCAAUGCUGGAUCCACUAGA